AUGGAAAAGGAUGAUGAUCUGAUACCCCCUCGGAAGGAUGACCCACUCUUUGUCUACGCGAUAGAUGAAAACAAGGGGGAUUUGACUUGUGAUGUCAAAUACAUUGUUCAUUUGGAGGGAAGUGAAAGCCACCAUGGUGGACUGAUCCUCUAUCGCAAAAUUCGUCUUGUGCGAGGUAGAAGGUCUUUGAGGCUUCACUUCAUCCACUACACUGCAUGGCCGAAUAGCAGGGCGAUCGGCGUCGAAGACAUGACAUCACUGAUCAAGGCUGUUAACGCAAAGAAUGUCGCGGGCAACCCAGUUUUUGUGAAUUGUUUGUAUGGGCUCGGAAGGACGGGCACAUUCAUUAUAUCUCGGGAGAUAUACAAUGUGGCCCAAAAACGAAGACAGGCCGGGAAAGACUGGUUCCAACAACGAGGGGCCAAUGGCGCAGAUCCAAUUGAGGAAUAUGUACACACUCUGCGGAUUUUUCGACAUGACAUGGUCGACAACGUGCGGCAGUUCAAAUUCCUCUACGAAUGGGGCAAUACUGUCUGGCAAAAAGUUUCUGGCCGAGGGAACAAACAGCGGGAUGAUGAGGGUUUAGGGUCACAGGAAUCCUAA